AUGACGAUCCGGAUCGCUCUCAUCCAGCUGCGUGUGGUGGACUCGAAGGAGAAAAACCUCAAGAACGCCGUCGAUCUGAUCCGGAUCGCGAAGAAGGAGAAGGACGCAAAUGUUGUCGUUCUGCCAGAGUGCUUCAAUGCGCCCUACACGACUGAAACGCUGCGAGAUGUAGCGGAAGAAAUACCGGGUGGCGAGACGUGCCGGGCCCUGUCGGAAGCGGCCCGGACCUUCGGUGUUUACGUCAUCGGUGGAUCGAUCGUGGAGACGUCCGGUGGCCGGCUGUACAACACCUGCACCGUUUGGGGCCCGGAAGGUGACCUAGCGGCGACCUAUCGGAAGGUGCACCUGUGUGACUCGAGCCUCAGUGGCAAAACGACGGUGGCUGAGACGAAGCUGUUUACGGCGGGAAACCAGUACGCCACGUUCACCGUUGGAGACACGCGGAUCGGACUCGGCAUCUGCUGGGACAUGCGUUUUGCGGAGUUUGCCACCGCCUACCGAAAGAAAGGAUGUGAUCUGUUAAUCUAUCCGGCCGUUUGUGACGUGCCAACGGGCGAGCAACACUGGGAGUUGUUGGCAAAGGCGCGUGCUUUGGAUAAUCAGACGUUCGUUGCGUUCUGCUCGCCCGCCAGGGAUACGCACGCGAAACUCAUCCCGUACGGGCAUUCGCUUGUGGUCGAUCCGUGGGGAAGCGUCAUUCAGCGGGCGACCGAGUUCCAAGAGAUCGUCGUGGCGGAUCUGGUGCUGAAGGACCUGUCCUUGGUGCGCCAGCGGAUACCGGUGUUUGAGCAGAAGCGAACCGACAUGUACGAGUUAAAGUUUGCUUAGACCUAGCGGUCGGUUUGCGGUCACAUUUCGCGCGACCGUUGAUUGCGCAUUUUACGUAACCGGGAGAUACUAGUUGCUUUUUUUUACUUAACUUUAUAACAUCUUAUGUGUGGGUAAUUGGCGUGUAACGCUCGUGUUCACGAAGUGUAAAAUGUGUAUCACUAAAGUGGGAUUAGUUUGGCUCUUUUCGUGUGGCUUGAAAUAAAAUUAA